CCCUCUCGGUGCGGAAGUGCUGUCCUCAAGAGCAACAGCAGCAGCAGCAGAGGUACUACCAGAGCUGCUACUGUUUUGGAAGAGCAGAACGGCGAUUUAGUGGCCGUUUUUCCUAAGCCCUUGUCUCUCCUUUCGGGGCUCGUCACCGUUCAUCUUGACCGUGGAGCUUAGCAGUAUUAUGCGAGCGGAGUGUGGGAGCACCGUGUGAAGUGAGUUUCCUUGAAUCAUCUAUAUGGGCCAUCUUUUUUCGAAAAAUGGUUAUCGCCUGAAGAAGAGGACACGCAAAUUGCAUCACAGGAAGAAGAAGAAGAGGAACUGUUUUCUGCACGGGCCCUGCAUGCUCUGCUUUAUCGUCCACGGCAACAGCGGUGGUUUCGACGACGAGAGCGACCACUUCGAGGCCAACGGGUGUCGACACAACAGCAUCACGGGAAUCAGCGUCUCAGGUGUUGGCGGAGUCGGCAUCGGAGCGGCAGCUGCCACGAAGCUUGCGGAGCGAUACGCGACCCUCGCAUCUCCGGAGGAUUGCUCCAAGUUCUUGUUGUCACCGAGAGAACUUGCUAUCUGGGAGGGCCAGGGGAGGAGCCUUUUGUCAGCUGUUCCUGCCAAACUAAUUCCACCACCGGCCCUCUUCCGAACCGCUGGUGUGUCUGUGACUGUGCCCAUACCUGUGCCUGUGCCCGGCUGCACCAGCGAUUACACAGAGAUGGUGUGUAAGAGGAAGUGCUCAGAGGUGCAAAGGUGCACCCCUUGUAAGCAGCCGCGCUGUGCCUUCGCUGCUCCUGAUGGAGGGCUGGAGAAUGGAGGUGGGGGGGAGGCGGCCUCGAACUCUGAAACGGGCCAUUGCCACCUUCCCCUUUGCCCGCUUCCCUCCUCCUCUUCCUCCUCCGCUUCCUCUUCUUCCUCACCUGCUGAUGGCUGCUGUGGGUUGGGUCUUCACGCCGAUUUGCCCCACAGUUCUGACUCGUCCCCGCCCUGCGCACAUAACUAUGACGACUGCCAGGCAAGAAGUUCUGAAGCUGCUGAUCACUUGAGUAUCAAUCAUCUGCCUUCCUCCAUCCUUCUUAAGGUGCUGUCUCACCUGACAGUAAAGGAGCGCUGUCUUUGUGCCUCUCUGGUUUGUAAGUACUGGAGGGACCUCUGCUUGGACUUCCAGUUCUGGAAGCAAAUCGACCUCAGUGGCCUACAACAAGUAAAUGAUGAUCUUCUGGUGAAAAUAGCUUCUCGGAGGCAGAAUGUGACCGAGAUUAACAUCUCGGAUUGCAGGGCGGUCCAUGACCACGGCGUGUGCUCCCUGGCUUCACAGUGUCCUGGCUUGCAGAAAUAUACCGCCUACCGCUGCAAGCAGCUGGGUGACAUUUCUUUGUGUGCUUUGGCUACACACUGCCCUCUUCUGGUGAAGGUGCAUGUGGGCAACCAGGACAAACUGACAGAUGCAGCAUUGAAAAAGCUGGGGGAGCACUGCAGUGAGCUGAAAGACAUCCACUUGGGUCAGUGCUACGGUAUCUCAGAUGACGGCAUCAUGGCCUUGGCGAGAGGAUGCCCUAAACUGCAGAGACUCUACUUGCAAGAGAACAAAAUGGUCACUGAUCAGUCUGUGCGGGCAGUAGCAGAACAUUGUCCCGAGCUGCAGUUUGUCGGCUUCAUGGGAUGCCCCGUGACCUCUCAGGGAGUCAUCCAUCUGACUGCGCUGCGUAACUUGAGCGUCCUGGAUCUGCGACACAUCUCGGAGCUCAACAACGAGACGGUGAUGGAAGUGGUGAGGAAAUGUCGCAACCUCAGCUCUCUCAACCUUUGCCUGAACUGGAGCAUCAACGACAGGAGAUGGAUGGAUGGUCGCAAACAUGACAGAGGAAGGAAUGGAAAUUGGUGAGAGUAAUGAGCAGUGAUGGACAGAUGGAGCGAUAAGGAUGGAGGGGAAGGCAGAGAAGCUUUUUAGGUGGAUAGACAGAUGGAAGAAUUGAUGGAUGGAAGAAUGCAAAUUAAUGGGUUUCUGAAGCAUUUAGGCCCGUGUUCACAGUGAGAAAGGACUUUUAAAGGAAGGUAAAAAAAAAAAGGAGGAAGGACACCAUUUCUGGACCCCAGCAAGCGCUUAGUGGAUCCUCUCUUUCACCAUUGAAUAAACUCCACAGGUGAAUAACAAAGAGCGCCUGAUGGCCAUGCAUUCAUCCUACGCUUUUAGUCAUACACUUAAAUGUUAUUACCUAUCAGAAUAAAGUGAAUUAUUAAUGCUGGAAAAGGUUUCUCUAUUAAGUACAAAUGUGUUUGGUAUGUUUUCUUGUGUUUUGUCCUAUUUUUAUCUGUGUUUUCAGGGUUUGUCUUCUUUCAAUUGUCCUUAAUUGACCAAGAUUUUUGCCUCAGCUGCUAACAAGAAAAGUUCCCUCUUCUUUACUUGCACUUGCCAAUUAAAGUGUCUCAGAGUCUGAUGAUGAUUCCGAUAAGAGCGGUGAAACUGCGGGAGUGUGGCACCCGAAGAUGUAUUACUGAUGGGCAGAUUGUGAAAGUGAUUGAAAGGAGGAUUUGGAGUGAAUUACAGCCACGGUAGCUGGCAGUGCCGAUCGUGUCCUUGAGAUGAGACGGCGUGAUGCGGACCGCAAGGUGUGGCCGUGUGACAUUAAUUCACACAUUACCAUAUCUGCCACACACAUCUCAUGCGGGAAGACAUCUGUCCACCCUAGCUGUGUGUAAGAUAGAAGUAUAGGCAAACAUUCAUUCAUGCGCUGACACACUCGCGCGCAGAGGUGUGGACCAGUGCCAUCACAACUCUUCCUCUGCUCACAGUUGACCCGCUCCCUGAAAGACAAGUGGUAUUGACAGAAGUAUGUAGUUAGGGAUGUAGCAGCAGUGUGCGUUUGUGCGCGCUUGCGUUCGGUGUGCAAAAAGUGGGUGUAUCUGCCAGCGAUAGGGGCCACACUCCCAGUUGUCAUUUUAUAACAGCUUGUAGACAAACUCAUUACAUCCAACACCUGCUCUCAUCACGUACACCGAGGACGCGCAAGUGUGUGUGGGAAGCAUGCGUGCAAGUCAAGUGUAUGAAUUCUCUAUAAUUUAGCUGCAGUCAUCUAUGUUUGAGUCUUCUUUGGCAGCAACUUGAAGUGACAGCUAUUUUGUGCCUUUUAGAGAUUGUUGAUGUUUGAACCAUCUUCUUCUGCAGCUUUGCUCAGUGAACAAGGGGCAUCUUGUUCAUAUUUCCCUCUUCUUCGCGUUUUACUUUGCGCGUCUGAGUUGCAAAUUAGGAGCAGCAACUACACGAGUAACUGUCUUUUCCUAAGUGAAUGCAGAACAAGGUCUCACACUGAAAAAAAUUGCAGUUAACUUACAAAGAAGACAGACUGCCAGCUUCUGAGAGCUUUCUUGAGAAGUGGAGAUGAUGAAACGAUGACACCCAACUUCAGCUGAUCCUCCAGACCUCUUUUGUUGUCUUUGUUUUGCCUGAGUUUUCGUCAUUUAAACACAAAUUACUAGUGAACAAUUCUCAUAGAUCUUCUUUUUUUUUUUUUUUAUAGCUGUGACAGAGUCAUGAGGUUAUUCACAAAUUGGCAUAACCCACAUUCAGGCGUGCAUCAGUCUGCAGCCAGAUAUUUAGAAUCCAUUUAUACGAAGAUUUUGGCAGUGACUGCAUGUGAUGGACGAAUAUAAAGUGUCCCUCCUCUGAGCUGUGGUGCAGGUAAACCUACCUUUACAUACAGUAAGCCAGUAAUCCAGACACAUUUUUUUCAUUUAAGCUAAUACAUUUUGGGCAGAUCAGCUGAAAUUGAACAUUCUUUUUUUUGUUUUAAUUAAUUUGUGAGAUAUUUGUUAGAUAUUACAACCGGAGCAAUGGGAGAUUUUGAGAGUGUUUGUAUUUGUUGAGCCACUGGAAGGCUUUAAUAACAUAUUAAAGUGUAGCCAUUACCCUUUUUUGUUGUCAGAUCAUACAAAAUAAAUUUUAAAAAGACAUUGCUUUUAUUUUUUUCCCAAAUAAAGUGUGUGGAAAGUGGAGGAGAUGGGCAGUACAGGUUGCUACUGUACUCUUAAUGUAGCCAAGCCUUCCCUAUAAUCCCUAAAAGUUGACAGGGGGAUUAGAGGGAUAAUCCUCGUGUCUUUUCUUUUCCACCAUCCUCACUACUGUUACCUUUCUUCUCAUUUUCUCCCCCUUACUGUUCCGUCGCGACAAGACGCAGACAAGACAGCGCUAAAGAGAGAAUCAGCACAAGAAUUAGUGUGUCUGUGUCUGUGUGUGUGCGCGCAUAUGUGAAAUGAAGUCCAGUGGGAGAAUCCGAGAGGCUGAGAAUAAUUAGCUCCAGCCUAAUGCCAGGUCAGCCUUUUGUAGCGUUCGUCUAGAUACCGAGUUUAUGCAUACAGUGCGUGUGUGUAGGUGUGUGUUUCUCAAUGUAUGCUCAUCCUUGCAUGGGCAUGCCCUAUUCUAAACUGUUUACACUGAGGUGAACGCUGGCAGACAACAUUGUGGUUAUAGAGUUUAUUCUUUCCCACUGCCCUUGACCAGUCUCUUAACACAGAGAGCAGAAAGAUAAGAGAGGAUUUACACACAAUACUGAAGCCAUUAGCGUCUGGCUUUUCUCCCCCUCUUUCGCUCUCUCUGGGGUUUGUUUAGUGUUAUCAGAUCCACUGGGAUGUGUGGAUGGCAGAUUGAAUGUCCACAGCCAUGGAAAAGGCCAAAGAUGUCUAACCUCCCAUUCACACACUGCUAUCCUCAUCAACAGAGGGCCCUUUGUCCCACAGCAGUCAACGAGAUGGACAGUACAAGAUAAUUGCAUUUGGACAAUAACCGUCUCCUCUGUUUGUUUGAAUGCGUACAGUCUCUUUGGGAUGAAACGGUAGAUGAGUGCGGCUGUGCGGGAGGGAGGAGGGGUGAGUGAUUCUGUUUGUUUGUCUUUGUGUGUCUCUGAAUUUCUCUAUCUGUAUGCACGUAUGAAUGAAUGGGCUCGAUAAAAGAUUUUUUGGAGCAACAUCCAAUGGCGAGCUGUCAUCGUCUAUCUCACAGGUUGAAUGGUGACUGGCAGGGACUAGACAGUGAAGUCAUAACUUGACUGAUAAGAUUCUUCAGGAGCUGCUAUCGGACCCCCCUAAACCAGCAGGGAAGCCAAAUGGAGCUGAAUGGCAGCAUCUCAUUUCCUCCAAUGAUGUCAUUUCUCUUUGAUCCAGGUGCGAUCUGGUGAAAAGCAUGGGAACAUGUGAAUUUUACACAAAUGUGCAUGUGCGUUCGCAAGUGAUCCUAAUUCAAUAUACUGAGAUAUUUUCAGAGUUAUGUGUAAACUAUAAAAAAACUAUACACAUUAUGUGAGGUUACCCAUACUGUAUGUUUAUGAAUAGAUGGAAAGCCUGGAGUUUGUUUAACUGAUAUCAUCUUUGUUCUCAGUGACUCUGACAAUAAUAUCCACUUAGGCUGAAAUUGUUUGUAUAUUGCCAAAGUUCAGGGCUAUACAGUGAGCACUGUUUCACUGUUAAUGGGUGUAUUCAGUUUGCUUCAAUUCAAUUUAGUUUGCCUCAAGGCGCUUUAUAUUGUAAGGUAAAGACCCUACAGUAAUACAGAGAAAACCCCAACAAUCAUAUGACCCACUAUGAGCAACCACUUUGGCAAAACUGGGAAGGAAAAGCUCCCUUAACAGGAAUAAACCUCCAGUAGAACCAGGCUCAGGAAGGGCCGGUCAUAUGCCGUGACCGGUUGGGGUUAGGGGAGGAAGACAGGACAGAGACACUCUGUGGAAGAGAGCCAGAGAUGAAUAAUUACUAACAAUUAAAUUCAGAGAGGUGUAUAAACACCUCUUAAUACUUCGUACACAGUGUUACAGAGAAAUCUACGGAUGAUUGGAUAACAGUGGAAAGGUCUGUGAGCUGAAACGAUCUAGGAAUGUAUCACCAAAUGCCGUUUCCACAGUGGCUCCCAACUUCUUUAUUUGUCGGGUUCUUUUUACCCCCACCCCUGACAUUAGUUAGGGAGCUGCUGCUCAUGCACCUCGCAAAGCUCAAGAUGUUGUGACGACCCUUAAAAACAACUUAAUCACUUCAUCAUUUCUCAGUAAAAAGCAGUCAGUGUUUAACGAGAAAAAAAGGAAAGCGGAAAUAUAAUCCCCUAUUACUCGUAAUGGCUGAAACAGGGUUGGGCAUUGGUCCUGUGCAGAGACUACGGACAGCUUUGGUUAUUAUUGUCUGUUCACUGUUGUGAGGCAGCAUUGUCGCAAACAGCCAGUCUGUGCGCUACUCUUGCUUGUGCUGUUUUUGGGCCAUCAGCUAAUCGGAGAGAGUGUGAAGUUAUACAACGAGCUACAACAAAACUGUGUUAAAAACAAUGAAAAGUGUCCUGUCUGUGCAUUUUAUGUUGAUUUUUUUUAAGGAUCUUUGAUGGAUUGCAUGCUUUUCCCACUUGUGGUGAACUCAACUGUCGAUCCUUCUCCUGUUCCAGCCCACCUAUAAGCCAAUCAGCAUUUGACCUACGCACCUCUAACUUCUUCAUAUUGUCCUGGGAAAGUAGGAAAUAGAUGCAACAGUUUACUGGAAGAGGUGCAAACAUAAAUUGAAAUACAGUAUAUAAGGCAGAUUUUUCUACAAAUCCAGAAAGCCAUCCUUUCAUUGAAACAUUUCUGAUGAGGCUACGGUGAACAAAUUAAGGACAAGCUGUAUUUUAGUUGAUCAUUUUGCAAAAACCAUGCAAAAGUAUUAAAGUCUGAUGUAUCUUAUGCUUCAGUGAUCUUUCCUAUUUUUUUGGCUUUGUUAUGUGACGCUAUCCCAUUCAGAUAAAUGCCCAUUUCCUUAUUAGCGAUGUGUUUGUUUGUGGUCGAUCGCCUAAUUUAAAAUUACUCUCUCAGCUUUGGUUUUAACAUUCAUCUGUGGGUGGUUUAUAAUUACUAGAUUUAUUCCAUCCACCUCUGACACCAAAUCAGAUUCUAGUCCCUCCACAUCAGGCCAGCUGUUGAGCAUAAUGUUUUAAUAUAUGAAAUUUUGUCUUAGAUAUAAUUAACACGGACAGCUAUUCAGUACGGUUGCCUAAUUUACUUGCUAAGACAUAAUAGGGAAGGGCGAGGUGGAUUGUUUUGGUUUUGUAAUGAAUAGAGUGGUAAAGGGAAGGACGUCAGCCAAUGCUGUCAAUUAUCACUGUUUUUUUAUGAGCCAUGUUUGACAGAGAAGAAUCACAGCCGGCGUCUGGAUCACUUUCUCACCUGCUCCGCCUUUCCUUCCUCUGGCUUUCUCCCAUUCAUUCUCCAGAGGCUCAUUGUGCCUCCAUCUCUUGGCCUUCCCUCUUUUCUUCAAGACAUCACUAACCCACACUAAAUCUUCUUUAUUUUUGGCUUCACCUUUUUAGUUCCAUUGUUAAUAUAUAAAUACACUUCUUUUGUUUUAUUUAUUUUUUUCUCUCCUGUCCUCUUCUUCUUCUUUUCAAUACUAUCUUAUUUUCUUCAGAGGGUGUAGUGGGGUUGACAGGCAGUGAGCUCACAGUUGUAACCUCCCUGCCACCAUGCCAGGCGAGGCGCCACUUGAGGGUUUGGCUGCAGAUUGAAUAGCUCCCAGAGAUGUCAUAUCCAGACAGCCUCCCUGAAUUACAUUUCCUGGUCUUCCCUGCCUGGCUGCCUGCAUACCUCCACCAAUCAAAGCGGCCCGGAGUUGCCAUGUGGCUGCCCACUCUGCUCUGCCUGUAUUCUGUUUCUUUUCCUUCUUCUCUCGCUUUACCUCACCCCCCACCAGCACCCCCACUUACCAUCUCUGGGGUAUGUCCCUCACAGAAAUUAUUCCUUCACCACUUGUCGGGCAAUCCAGGCACUUUGAGGCAGAACAGCAGAUGGGCGAUCUGAUUGGCUGUCAGCUUAUGUUUAUUUCCUUGUUGUCAGGGUGUCAGAUGAGAUAAAACAUUGUUCUGCUGCAUUUGUCAUGUUCUCUCUGUGGGGCUGAUAAGAAAUGAGAAAAGUUUAGGUUAUAGGACAUGUGGUUGAACAGAUUGGGCCGCGGCUGUCAGAGGUGUUCCAUUGUAUAAUUUUUAAAACAGAUUUUUCUUUUUACUUUUGCUUGUUUUUCAAUGUUAAUCUUCUUUGCAUAUAUACAUUUUAACUUUGCUCCGUCAGCGUUCAGGAAUUUUAAUGAUCCUGAAUUUUAACUUAUAAUAUCUUUCAGCAAAAAGCGAUUAUUACUUGUGUCAUUGCAGGCAUUAGAUCACUCAAACAAACUUUGCAUUAAAAGAAAAAUUGGCAAAGAAAGGCAUGCUUUUGCUUUUUAUAUAUUCACACAGGAGUUGAGCUAAAAACUAUAAUAAUCUUAGCAUGUGUUUGGCUCAAGCCAGUGAUCCUCACUGUGGGGUUUUUUGUUACUGUGUGUGACCUGAAAAUGGGUUAUGUGAGUCGGAGCUAAGAAGGAGCACACUGUGGUUUUACUACUUGCAAAGUAGAGCUCUGGCUCUUGGUUUCUUUUGAUAAAUUGAUUAAUGAGGAACAGCCUCAACUGUAUGGGCUACAAACCCCAUAUACACGCAUGACUUGUGCAUGUAAAUUCCAAAAUAAAACACUUAAAGCAUCCAGUGCCAACAUCCAAUUGCACCCUCUGGAAUUGGAUAUGGUUUGGCUUUGUAAUCUAACAAACAGGUGGUGGAUUAAGCAUUCAUACCCACACUACUGGCACACAUAAACACAAACACACACACCUCAGGUGGUGGAGUGAGCUUCCAUGCUGUGUGGAUUUGUAUCUAAGCCGAGACAUAAAAGUGAACUGGCAGAAUAGGAGGUGUGCCUCUCCAGCCCUCCAGUCUGCUGAUUUGGGUUGAGUCUGUGUACAUGUGUAUUUGCACAUGAUUGCAUAAGAAAAUAAUGUAUUGAAGGAAGCGAUUUUUUUUUGCUUUGUAGUGUGCGUCUCUGUGCACAAAAUUCGGAUUUUCUUUCUUUUUUAUCAACCCCUCUGGCUUUUGGCAGAGCCUUUGCUCCACCCGUCCUUGAAUGUUAGCUGGAUACUCGUAGGUGCUGAAAAGAUUUUGGAUUACGGAGGAUAUUAUUGUGGGUUGAAAUAUGUUAGCCUUUAUGUGGGUGCAUUAUCACCCUGCACAAUUAGGAUUGUCUGAAUUUACUCUGGAUGACAUCACAUCUCAUGGUGGAGGUGGUGAAUGAAUCACGGUCAGGGUUUAUUUUAUUGCUAGGUUAAAAGAGUCCACAGACACUUGCUCUUGCACGUACACACUUCCAUUCACACACAUAUGCUCAAAUAUAAAAUCACUUCAUAAUCUAUGCAGCCAUGUCCUGUGUGCAGACUUUAUGUAUCAGCAUGUCUGCUGAUUCUUACACAGACAUGCAAACAUGCUCACAUGUCAUUGUAAUGCUUAUGAUGCUUGUUUAUGGAGGUGGAAAUUAGCAUUCUCCGUGGUUGUGUCUCUCAUAGGAGGGGAGGAUACGGAUUGUAAAUCUUGUUGAUCUGAGUACAAUGGCUUCGUCUUGCAGUGAUUGUGAUACCACAUCAUCGCGUCUGCAUGCUCACAAACUCGCACACAGUUGGUGUACCAAACCCCAGCUGCAUAGCUCCCUGCGUUGCCUGUCUCCAACCCAUGCUGAGUGUGUAAUGAGCGGAGCUUGAGUAAGAUUAAGGCAGAUAUUGUAUGGGGUUGGAGGAUUGGUUUCACUUUGAGUCUUAGUGUAGUGCCGGAGUUCACUCCAGUGCUUCUGCUGGCUGGCUGAAUGACCAACAGGAUCCCCACUGCUAGUCUCCUGUCAUUUGUCAUAGCGUUUUACUCAACACUGCUAAUGUGUUUUGAGGCAAACACGCACCACUCAUCAGGGGGUGUCUUUUCUUUGGAAAUAUGAACCCUGUUGUAAACUCUAGAGAAGUACACUGGGGCGAUGCCCAUGAAAGGAUGAGUGACAGUGGUAAAGAGGGGAAAAAUGGCAAGGAUAGAAGAAUGCUUUAUGGUGAGGAGAAAGGGAGGUUUUAGAUAUGUGAUGGGGUUUCCUUGCUCCCUGUGAAGGAAAACAAGAGGCUAGAAGGGGAAGGGAUUGUGAGAAGAAAAUGAUUUUAUGAGGAGGAGAAACAUCAAAGAAAGUACACGGGGAUAGGAGAGCAAAAAGAGAGAAAAAGAGAGCGGGCGAGAAGAAUGGGGCAGAGAGAAAAGAGGGCUAAACAGUAACAGAAAAGUUGAAAGACAGGAGAAAAGGAUGGGAUGUUCAGAUGAAGGGCUGGAAAGCAAGAGACCCAAGACAAAACACUCAGAGGGUGAGAUGGAGAGGAAGAAAGAGCGGGCCAAGCACUGCUAUCAUCUGGAAUCUAUAGAGAAUGAAUGGGCAGCAUGAAGAGGCUAUAAUCACAUCCAUCAACAACACUGUCUAUUACAGCCUGUUCUUCUUAUUCUACUUUGUCUUCCUCCCUCUGUCUCCCUAAACCACCAGCUCUGGUCAAUUCUCCGGCACACUAAAAAGAAGAUCUUUGUAAAGAGAACGCUGUAAUAUCAAUAGUUAUGCAAAGAAAAAAGAUUAAAGGCUGUACAUCUGGCUCCCAAUCCUCUUGGGCUACAAGAUGUGUCAUCCAUCAUUUUUCCAUGUGACUGUAAACUUUACUGACAUGAUUAGAAAGACAAAGAUGGAUACAAAAACAACCCAGAAGGCAUAAACAAGAGUGAUUAACCCCUGUGUUUGGUAUUCUAAAGUACGAGGACAGAGUAAGGAUUUAUAUACUGAUUUAGGUAAUAUAGUGUGAAGGAAAUAAUAAUAGCUGAAAUAAUUGUUGAUGCUGGGAGCCCUGUCAAAAUACCGGUCCAAAUUCUCCCAUAUGGCUGUAAUUGGGUUGAGAUAUGCUGAUUUGGAAUGCCAAACAUGUUAUUCAGAUGAUUAUUAUACCCAUCAAAUCAUUCACACACUGUGGGUGUGGACGUUGGCAUCAUGGUAGAUGGAGCUCCCAUCAGAAUAGAAAGUUAUUUUUAUAGGAUAAAGAUGAGUUGGAACUACUUUCUACUGAUUUGCAGUCCCACUUUGCUUAGUAGCCAAAUCAUGCCCGCGCAAUGAACCCUACAUAGCAGAGCCAUUGGAUCGCCUCAGUUGAGGGCUCAUGGGUUCAGGUUCUUGACUGUAAUUUGUCACCCACCUGUAAACAAUCUGCCCUAGUGCACUUAUCAUACAAAUACGUUGUGGAUGGAAAGCCAUAGCUUAAACCCUAUACUUAGCUAGCAGUAAUCCAGUGAAAGUGUUACCUGAUCAAGACCAUUUUAGUAAAUUGACUUUGCUAUCAAGCUAAUAGAUUGUGCUAAAUGUGGCAUGAGCCAUGGAGAGAAAGAGAUGGUGAUGAUCAAGAGCUGUUGCAUGAGGCUGAUAGGACAGCAACUUGAAGGGGGAUAAACCCCAUUCUUGUCCUCCUUCCCCCAUAGUUGUCUGUUUCUUCCCUUCUCCUAUAGCACGUAAAACUCUUCACUUUCUCUUGGCGGGGGAUCAAACGGAGCGUUCUGUUGGGAAAUUCAUUUAGGAUUCUGGCAUUUUUCAGGGGGUGUUUGGGCCAAUGGGCUGGCGAGCAAAGCAACAUCUGUUUUCAUGAAUACUUAAUGGCCGUGUGUCACCAGAGUCAAACGGCUGCUCUGAGAGCCGCUCCCACUGUUAUUACCAUCAUGGAUAUUUAGCCACCGGUUUCUCAUUAGGAUGUUUCUCUCUCCUGUCCCCACGGAGGGAACAAUUGGAUUAGCAGCUAGUUUUUACAGUAUGUGGUAGAGCCCUCUCCCUAUACUACAGGUUAUUUAUUUUUUUUACGUGGAGGUUUUAUUUGUAGUGUGACGCGUGCGUUUUAUUGGUAAGAGGUGAUACUUUAAUAUUAUAACACCAAGGGAAUGUGAAAGCAAUUUGCGCUGUAAAUCAAAGAGGACAAUUCAGUGAUAUUAUCCUGUAGGUGUAGGUGUUAGGGUGUAAAAAGAAAGCGAGAGGAAUCCUCCGCCUGCUUUAGCUCGGGCAGUAGCAACUGUCAGCAAAUCUGUCUGGAAACUUGUAGCUUAGAGCGAGUAUAGUUUGUAAGACAGUACUGCUGCUUUUCAGCUUUCUCUUAGUUUUGCUCAUCUCAGUGCAAAGAUGGUGCCCUGGGUCAUGGGGGUGAUGAUCAGGUCAAUGUGAACUCUCCACAAAUCAAGUCAGAGACCAAAAGUCAGGCAUGAAUGUUGCCAGGAUGAGGCACAACUUCAGGUUCAAUUUUUAAAAAUUGAAGAGAUACAGAUUAUUGUUUUGCAUAAUCUCCUAUUCCUGUUUUGUAACUUCAUCUUAGAAUUAUUUGGGGCUUUGUUUCCUGGCACAACAGCAGUAUUCAGCAGCAGGUGUGUGGGUGUGUGUGUGUGUGUG